UCAAAAGCUCUUCGGGAAAAAUGGCUGAUGCAGGGAAUUCCUGCAAGUUCUCCGGCCGAGGAAGAAGCCAGGAAGAGACAGUCAGAAGAAGAUGAGCUGAAAGUGAAAAAACUUGAAGGCAACAUACAUAGAUUAGAACAAGAAAUAGGAAAGCUUGAAUGUGAAGAAUCCCAAAUAUCUGCCAAAGAACAGAUCAUCUUAGAAAAACUAAAGGAGACAGAAAAAUCUUUUGAGGACUUACAAAAGAUGCAGUAAAUUACAUUUACUCCCAGAUCCCUGAACUCACAACUCUCUAUUCACAAGCAACAGAGGCUGUUCCUGGGAAAGACAGAACAAGCAGGGUAACUG